UCAGUCUGCUCUCUACUCUCCUAGCUCUCCUGUUUCAUGCAGACUGUCUGCCUUCCAGCGUAGUGCUGUCCUUUCACUCUCCACUAUUCAUUACCAUCUUGUGUGUGUUUUCACAAACCUACUAAGGUGGACCAGAAGCGCUGGCACAGAGGACUGACGAGUUCAUGCUCAGAUGAAAGAAGCAUACAUAUACUGUAGAUGUAACUUGUCCUACAACGACAGAAGCUUCUACUAAAUUGCAGUUUUAUUACAAAGGAUAGAAAACUCACUUACAAAGGCUGCCAGCUCAAAUCUUACCAAACACAAGUAGAUGACUGAGAACUCUGCAUCUCAUGAUGGACAAGAAAAGUGCCAACGGCUUUCAGACCAAGGUCAACGAGGGCGGUGUACAGAGGAAACAGCUGCCCUAUUCAGUGGAGACUCCCUAUGGCUUCCAUCUGGAUCUUGACUUCCUCAAGUAUGUGGACGAUAUUGAAAAAGGCAACACCAUUAAAAGGGUCCACAUCCAAAGGAGGGUGAAAGGCCCAGCUAAAUUCAGCACUCUUCCCAGAAAUUUUAGCCUCCCUGGACAUGGAGUCAGGCCUCCACCUAAGGAAGGGGCAUGGUCUGGGACAUCUACCUUGGGCCCAAAGCCCAAAUCCCGAGUGACAGAGGUCCAACAAAUAUUUGACUUUAGGCCAAGUGAAGGGGCAAUAUCCAGUCAUAGCAGCAGAGCGACAACCAGUCAAGGAACUGCAAAUGUUUCAACCAAAUCUAGAGAUGAACCAGGCACUGUCUAUCAAGGUACCGAGGAUAAAACUGCUGUGAUUCAAAGUCGACCAAACCUCCUUAGAGCGUCAUCAAUGCCCAUCACCCUCCAGCAGAGGAAAGGUUCAGAUUCAAGCAGCCCUGAUUGCACGACGGGAACGCCAGAAAAUGGAUCAACAGAGAACAUGUUCCGUGCCUCUCCAGACAUAUUGGAAAGACGGUGCCUUCCACAGGAUCGAGCGGGUCUUCACCAGCAGAUAACAGUGGCACUAAAAAGAGUCAGGGAGCUGGAAGAACAGGUCAAAACUAUCCCAGAACUAAAGGCUCAGAUCUGCUCCUUAAGGGAGGAGCGGGAGAAGCUGCUUCAUCAGAUACAAACGCAGUUCCAAGUUCAAGCUUCCACAUCAUCCUCUGCAAUGGCAGCAACUUAUGAGACAGGGGGAAUCAGUCAACGCCAAAGACCAAGACCUUCAGAAGGGCUCAACUUAUCUUUAGCAAUUCAAACGGUUCGAGGUGUAGCUUCUGAGCAUGUGCCAGUAAAUGUAGAAGAGAGCCACAGAGAGACUAAAAGAACAAAAGAGCUACCAAUACAGAAAGAUCCUUCUACGAAUCAAAAGCAAAGUGUACCAUCAGAGAAAGCUGACAAACAAAAAGAGACAUCGAAGAGCUUGCAAGAUAAUGCAGAGGAAAGGCUAUCACAGGACACUGAAGUUGUUGCAAAAGAAAGUGAGAUUAUCAGAGAGAGUAAUGCAUCAAAAGAGGACCAAAAUGGAAUGCUAAAGCUGGAAGAGAAGCUAAUGAUGCUGGAAGCAAAACUUACUCAGGCUAGCCAGGAGCUAGAGAGAACUAAUGCUCUUUUGAAGGAACAAAUGGAAGAGAAUAAAGCAAAAGAGGACAGAAUAUUGCAACUGAGUGAAGGGAUGAGAGUGGAAAUUUGUACCACACAAGUACCUGUGAGGUCAAGAAGAGAAAGCAUAGAUGCAGGAACAGUUACAGAGAAAAUAGAUCUCAGCCACCAAGAAACUGAGACAGAAUCUCCUUCUAAAAUAGAUCAGGGAACAGAUACGGAUAAAAUCUUGGUUGAAGUGAUAGUACCCAAGCCGAGGGCUAGAAGUAUAGAUCGAGGAAUAGCGACUAGUAAGCUUGACACACAUGACCAACAAACAGAAAUGGAGGCAGAGGUAAUAGGGGCAAUACAACCCCGACCCAGAGCCAACAGUAUGGAACGGGGUACAAUAACAGAGAACAUCGUCACGCAAGAUCAGACGACCGAGACGCCUGCAGCUGAAAGAGUAAACCAAGUCACAGAGACAGAGGGAGAAACAGUGACAGACCAUCCACAGAGACCAAGAGCCAGUAGCAUAGAUCAGGGAACAGAGACUGAAAGGGUGGACACUGUGGACAGAAUCACAGAGACCGAGGCAGCACAGAGGAGCGACCAGCAAACAGAAACAGAGAUAGAAAGACGGCAGGACAACAACCUGUCUCGAGAUGCACAAGCAGAGGGUCGAGUGGGGGAAAGUGAAACCACUGUAAGAGGAGAUAUUGGUCAUCCUGUCAACAGCACAGCAGAAAGCGAAAAAACAAAAAAACUAGUUCAAAUAGAAAGUGAAAAUGUUGCUGUAGAGGUUGCUGCAAAUAUAUUUGUUACAGACAUUAAAGGCAUUGUUAUGCAAACUUUAGAUUCAGAAGUUGGUAAAAAGACUAAAGUCUGUCCCAGUCCAACCUCUGGAACUGAUAAAAGGGAAGUGACCUCUGCACAAGAUGACUCAAAACCUAAAGAGCUCCAACUCUCAACUGGUGUAGAGAUUGUAGAACCUAAAACGACUGAGAUGGAGACAGCAGAAAGCAAAGAUAAAGAAAUUUUGUGUGAAUCAGUUAAAGAAAAUAUCAUCCCUGAUACUGUUGUAGUAAUGGCCGAAAAUUCAGCUGUGAAGUCAGUAGCUCCUAUUAGACCACAGAGAGGACGCAAGCCCCCAGCAGAGCAAAUGCAGCCAACACCUCCUCAACCUCAGCUUGCACCCAUGCUCACUACUAGGGAAUCCAGUGAACCUGAAUCUGAGAAAAUCACAACAAAAAUCCAGACUGCACCAGGCCUGGAGGCUGACUUAUCAGCACAACCUUCUGAACCACGGGAAAAUGAUCAAAUGCCAUCUGUGCCUCAAGUUCAAGACAGUAGUCAAGCAGAGAAGCUGCCUGAUAAGUUGAUCGAGAAGCAGUCUAAUGUACAACCUCAGGGUGAAUCUCAAAGCGUUUCUUCUAUCUCCAGUGAGAUCCAAGUAAAGACCAAGCCCAUUCAACCACACAGUAAGUCUCAACCUGCAUCUCGUCGGGACUCAAAAGAGCAGAAAGCGCCACAGAGGGGAUCCAGUGUAUCACACCCUCCAAGUCGUGAGUCAGGAGAAACAAAAACUCGUCAAAUCCGCCACGGGUCAGGUGAUACCCACUCCCAGAGCUUGCGUAGAAGCUCCACUGAGGCUCCAUCAUCUCAAAAAGAUGCCAGAGAGACACAAUCGCUUCGAAGAGGCUCAAGUGAAGCAGCUCAGCGUCGUGGUUCAAGUGAGGCAAAAGCCUUGCGACGGGAAUCUGGCGAGUCUCAGACAGCCCGCAGAGGUUCUGGUGAAUCGCCAACAUCUCCUGCGGCUUUGGGACAAGUCGUCACUCGAAUAACAGGUCUUCUUGGGGAGCAGUGGGCACAGCUCGGGAGCAGCUCUGGAGCCCAACAGACGGCCGGCCAACAGGAGAGCCCCAUAGCACCAAAACAGACUGCAACCAAAAGAGCAGAAGCAGGAAAGGGAACCCCAGCCAAGCCCGCAGGCAAAGGUGCCCCUGCUGCAACAACUGGGAAAGCAGCGGGGAAGUCCAGUGCUUCCAAAAUGAGUUCAAUUCAAAGCCAACUGGUCAGCUCCCUCAGUGUCCUUUCAGCCUUCUACUCCCCAGGCCAGAAAACAGCUGCCACCAGCAAGCAGCAAGAGCAAGGUCUCAAAUCUAUUAUGAAGAAAAAUGGUGUUGCUGACAAGCAGGGGAGCAAGGGAGCCAAGAAAAACCUGAAGUUUGUUGGGGUGAAUGGAGGCUAUGAGACGACAUCCAGCGAGGACUCCAGCGCAGAUGAAAAGUCAAGAGCAGAAGUGGAGGAGGAAGACAAAUCCGAAGUAGCGGUAGAGAAGGAAACAGACAUGGAGUCUGAGGAGUCAGUAGGGAUCCUGGUGGCAGAUGCAGAGGUUGCUGUUGCUGCUGCUGCUCCUGCUCCUGCUGCUGCUGCGGCUGAGGGGGAGGAAGGUGCUGUGGGUGAAGAUAAAGAGGUUGAGAGGGGCCUGUUGGAUUUAGAAGGUGGCCAUGAGCUCCUUCAGGUGGAGGAGGCUGAAAGGGAGAAAGUAGAUAAAGGAUUCAUUGAUGCCUGCGUGUAUGUAAAGGAUCGUAUGGAAGAGGUUUCAUCUCCAGAUAAGGAAAUGCGUCAGGUGUUGGUGGUGCUUUAUCAGGAAUGGUUCAAAGUCUCGAGCCAGAAAGACUCCCAGGCAGAUACAGUCAGAUUAUACCUGAGACAAGUGGGACUGACCACCCCCACUCUCCUGCCAUAUGUUGUUAACUUGACUGACGGUAAUGGGAAUAUGGCCCUCCACUACAGUGUGUCGCAUUCUAACUUCCCUGUGGUCAAGCUGCUGCUAGACACUGGUCUUUGUGAAACAGAUAAUGUGAAUAAGGCGGGAUAUACUCCAGUGAUGCUGGCUGCCUUGACCGCUGCUGAAAGCCCAGAUGAUCUAGAGGUGGCCGAGCAGCUGCUAAAACUUGGCGAUGUCAACGCUCGCUCCAGACAGGCUGGCCAGACCGCGCUCAUGCUUGCAGUGAGCCACGGUCGCGUUGCUAUGGUGAAGCUGCUUCUGAGCUGCGGCGCAGAUGUAAAUGCACAGGACAGUGAGGGAUCUACGGCCCUGAUGUGUGCCUCCGAGCAUGGACACACGCACAUUGCUUGUUUGCUGCUGGAGACAGGUCGCUGUGAUAUCGGACUCACAGAUAAGAAUGGUCAAACAGCCCUGUCAGUGGCAGAAGCAGCUGCUCAUCAAGACAUCAUCGAUCUUCUAAAAUCCCAUGCAUCUGAGCCCAUGUCUGCUGCAGACCUCCUCUGAGUUCUACACAGUUUUCCAAACCAUUCUAGGUCAACAUCUGCCUCUAUUUCCUCGAUCCUCUACCCACCAACAGAAUGGGGAAAAAAACAAAAGUAAAUACUGAAUAUGAUGCUAUAUGAAGAUAAGCAUGGGGCUGCCUUUAUGACCUCUGGGAAUAGAGUGUUUAGACCAUAAUGUCUUGUUGUUGUUUUUUUAAAUGAAAUGACUAGUGAGGGUUGAACAAAGUCAAAAAAAGAUAUUGCAGUGGCAACAACUGAAGCCAACAGCAGAUUGAGCAGGAAACAGGGUGAGUUUAAAAAAAAGGAACAUACGGGAGAGAAAUUCUGAACUGCUGCAUCUUAAUAUAUACUAACUCUUAAAGCAAAAUAUUAAGCACAUGAUCUACCUUUCAAAUAUAUAAAAUAUAACAUAAUUUCUAUUUUUCUUUAAUCACAUUGACAUUGUUUUUUUUCCCCAUAUUUGGACAUAAGCCAUUAUUGAGAGCAUCUUAUAUACAGAAUGUUAUUCUAACAGAUCAUGAUCAUACAAACAGAGACUGUAUUUUCUACUGCACUUUUUUUUACUGUGUAUGUGUACAGUGAAUAUGAAUAUAUUCAACUCCAGAGGAAACUAUAAAGCAUGGAGUUAUAAAAGAAGUGACAUCAAAUAAUGAAUCAUUACUCCACAGUGGUCAUGUUUUUCACGUGGUUCAUGGGUGAUCAUCAUUUGUGAGUUAUUGAAAAACAAAUGGUUUAGUCUAAAAUAAAAUUCAGUAUUUUUUAUAACAAUAUAUUGAGGUUGAAAAAAAAAAAAAAGUCAAGA